GUCUGAGUUACUUCUGUGUUAAAGGGACAGUGGCACAGAGAGACAGAGGCAUAGAGAUACACGCACAGGCAGGCAGGACAAACCACUCUCAAGGCUAGAAUAUAUAGAGAUCCUUGGCCGCAGGCACUGACCCCAUUACUUCCUGCAAGCACUCCAUCUCCUGAUACAAGGCGCCCGUUCUCCCGCCCGAUUCAAGUGUGCCUUCGUGCCUCCACCCCCUCACCUCCCUGCAUUGCUUCCUCCAGGAGACCCCUUGGCCAUGGCGAAACUUGUGUUUCCCGCCAUCCUGCUGGUUCUGUGUGCGUGUGGGGUUAGAAAUCACGCCCAUGAGACCUACAGUACCCACGCCCACCUUGAGGAAAGUCCCACGCACGCACACACGCUCGGCAGAUGGGCGGGAGUAGCAGCAAGGAAUCUAAGUUGUGGGAAUCUAACGAAUGUAGUGCGCCUGGCAAGCAUUACCGUGGACUUCAUUGACGAGUUUAAGGACGAUUACACAAGAAAAGCACUAGGCGGAUUUAGCUGGGAUGUAGUAAACAAUCAAUCACAAGUCUCGGGGGACUAUCGAUCUAUCAUGGUGUGCAUGGCAGGUGACGAACAUUGCAUUCCUGUCCUCGCUCAGCUGCCAAAACCAAAGCCAAUCCAUACGGAGGGAGAGUUGAAGGAAAUGAUGGUGAAGAUGAUGGGGUACCUUCAGCGUUACAUGGUCGCCUCGGAGUCACUCGUCCUUGAUCAGUCUCUUGUUAACGAUGAUCUGGGCUUCCUAAACGAGAUGGUUGACCUAAACUCAUAUCUGGAGGAGCUGAAUGAGAUCUUCUUGAUUCCAAUGACCUCAUGUCACCUGACCCCUGACCCUAGCCUUUCCCUAAACCUUACCUGCCGUAUGCAUCAGAAGCCAUCAAAAGAAAGCGAAGUUCCUCCUUUGACGUCAUUCUGUCUACCGACAAGCAUGAGAAGGGAUGCCACGAGUCGGUGUCGCUCACUGGUUGCUUGCUGCGGCCGAUCCUUUCACACGAGAACACGAGCGUCGAGCACCGGUGUCAGACUUUGUUGCCCCGUAUGAAAGGAGUCUUAAAAGCGGGUUCACACGUGUCAAUAUGCGACUGAAAUUACAAGUCACUAGAAGUAUAGACUAAGCCUUUCUAGUCGGCACACGUUCACACAUAGCGACUGGGAAGUAUCGGCUGGUUGACGGGAAGUGAAUAUAAAUAAACAGCUACCCAACAAGAUGUCUUCCUCCGGUGACGAUGACGAUUCCGAUCAAAUUAAAUCAUCACAAGUAUUCAAUCCUCACCUCCAACAAUACAGGGAAGCAGUCAUCUUUGAGUGGCAGCUAUCUCAUCGAAAACCUAUUUUACGUAAGCUUUUUUGCUGUAAAAUUCACUUUUAGGAUCCCAGAUGUGCUAUUUUUCCAUCACCCAUUCCAAAAUCUUCUUCUCUACAUCGAUAUCUUAUUUUCAAACCUUUCUCCGUGACGUCACAACGUAAACAAAGUCGCAAAUCGACUGAAUAAGAUCAAUAUGUUGAUCUUAUUUUGCUACUGGUUUUUCCAGCCGCUAGCCACCGAUAUUCAGUCGAAAACUCUACGGACUUGCAAUUUCAGUCGCAAAUUGACAUGUGAACCCGCCUAAUGAAAAGAGCAGCUUGGUCGUUAAUUAGAAUUCGUUAUGUUAAGACCCGGUGUAGGAAGAAGGAGCGGCUGGUCCUUGCGCGACUCUUUUGGGAUAUUAUGUCAUAAGAACAUAACAUAACAUAAGAACUUAGGAACACAAGGGGAGCUGCAAGCCAUUACAAACAUACACGUGGUAAUCUUGUAUAAAGCUUGCAUUUUCAGUAAAUAUCCCUAAUCCACUAAUUUGUCUAGUCUUUUUUGUUAGAUCUCUAUUGACAUUUUA